GGCACCGGCACCACGGACGCGACCGGCACCGGGAACCGGGCAACGGCACCAGAACAGCACCGGGCACCGGCUGGCCCCCAGACAUGGCGUGCAGCCUCAAGGACGAGCUGCUGUGCUCCAUCUGCCUGAGCAUCUACCAGGACCCGGUGGGGCUGGGAUGCGAGCACUACUUCUGCCGCCGCUGCAUCACCGAGCACUGGGUGCGCCAGGAGCCGCAGGGCACCCGCGACUGCCCUGAGUGCCGCCGCACCUUCCCCGAGCCCACGCUGGCCCCCAGCCUCAAGCUGGCCAACAUCGUGGAGCGCUACAGCGCCUUCCCCUUGGACGCUAUCCUGGGGGCCCAGCGCAGCUCCUUCCCCUGCAAGGACCACGAGAAGGUGAAGCUCUUCUGCCUCACUGACCGUGCCGUCGUCUGUUUCUUCUGUGAUGAGCCGGCCGUGCACGAGCAGCACCAGGUUACCAACGUGGACGAUGCCUUCGAGGAGCUGCAGCGGGAGCUGAAGGAGCAACUCCAGGGGCUGCAGGAGAGUGAGCGUAGCCACACAGAAGCUCUGCAGCUCCUCAAGAAGCAGCUGGCUGAGACCAAGUCCUCAGCCAAAAGCCUGCGGGCGACGAUCGGGGAGGCGUUUGAGCGGCUGCACCGGCUGCUGCGGGAGCGGCAGAAGGCAAUGCUGGAGGAGCUGGAGGCUGACACGGCGCGCACGCUCAGCGACAUCGAGCACAAGAUCCAGCGCUACAGCCAGCAGCUCCGCAAGGUGCAGGAGGGCACCCAGAUCCUGCAGGAGCGCCUGGCCGAGGCGGAUAAACACGUCUUCCUGGCCGGCAUGGCCUCCCUCUCUGAGAGGCUGAAGGGAAAGAUCCACGAGACCAACCUGACCUAUGAGGAUUUUCCCACCUCCAAGUACAUGGGUCCACUGCAGUACACCAUCUGGAAAUCCCUCUUCCAGGACAUCCAUCCUGUGCCAGCAGCACUGACUCUGGACCCCGGCACUGCCCACCACCGCCUCAUCCUCUCAGACGACUGCACCAUCGUGGCCUAUGGCAACCUGCACCCACACCCGCUGCAGGACUCGCCCCGGCGCUUUGACGUGGAGGUGUCGGUGCUGGGCACCGAGGCCUUUGGUGCUGGGGUGCACUACUGGGAGGUGGUGGUGUCUGAAAAAACCCAGUGGAUGAUCGGCCUGGCCCACGAGGCCGUGACCCGCAAGGGCAGCAUCCAGAUCCAGCCGAGCCGCGGGUUCUACUGCAUCGUGAUGCACGACGGGAACCAGUACAGUGCCUGCACUGAGCCCUGGACGCGGCUGAACGUCAAGGGCAAGCUGGAGAAGGUGGGCGUCUUCCUGGACUACGAUAAGGGGCUUCUCAUCUUCUACAAUGCUGACGACAUGUCCUGGCUCUACACCUUCCGGGAGAGGUUUCCUGGGAAGCUGUGCUCAUAUUUCAGUCCUGGGCAGAGCCACGCCAACGGGAAGAAUGUGCAGCCAUUGCGGAUCAACACUGUCCGUAUCUAAUGGGGGUUUUUGGGGUGUCCCCCACCCUGCCAGGUGUUUUCCCCGCUCCAGGAACUGGUCCCGCUGUUGGGCAGGAUCUGGCAUUCCGCCCACUUCUCUCAGUCCUGUGCUUCCAGGGAAUCCCAGUGUGGGGGGCUGGGACAUGGCAAUAAAGG